AUGUCAAAGCAAACAAUCACUGUUCUUAUAUCGGGAAAUGGCUCCAAUUUGCAAGCUCUAAUUGAUGCCACUGCAAAAGGUGAACUAAACGCUGAUAUUAUCCAAGUCAUUUCAUCUUCAUCAGAUGCAUAUGGAUUAACCAGAGCUAAAGAUGCUUCAAUCCCAACAAGAGUCCACUCUUUGAAAAACUAUUAUAAGGACAUACCUAAAGGUGAUCGUCCUUUAGCUCGUAAAAAAUUCAACAAAGAAUUGGCAAAUUUAAUCAUACAUGGUGAUAAAGAAGGUGAAGAAGUUCCAGGUUAUAAAAGACCAGAUUUAAUUGUUUGUGCUGGAUGGAUGUUAAUCUUGGCUCCUGAAUUUUUAACACCUUUAGAAGAUGAAGGUAUCUCUAUAAUAAACUUGCACCCUGCAUUACCUGGUGCUUUUGAAGGUACACAUGCUAUUGAUCGUGCUUGGAAAGCUGCACAAGAUGGCGAAAUCACAAAAGGUGGUGUUAUGGUACAUUAUGUUAUUCAAGAGGUUGAUCAAGGUGAACCUUUGAUUGUUAAAGAAAUCGAAAUUCCAAAAGGUAUUACAUUAGAAGAAUAUGAAGAGAAAGUUCAUAGUGUGGAGCAUGGAGCUAUUGUGGAAGGUACUGUUAAAGCACUUGAGUUAGCUAAAAAAUAG